AUCUCCUCUACAGGAUGGAUUCAGUGAAUAAUCAAGAGCAGAGUGAACCGGUUGCUAUGGAAGUAGUAACGGAUCUAGCUGCGGAGACCGCGAGCGUAAAACAGGAGGGCCCUGAUCCGUUUCAGGAGGCAGCGGUACUCCUGGUACAUGAAGUGUUGGAGUCGGUGACGACGAACCUGCCUAUGGAAGGACCGUCGUCACUAGAGGAAUCCGCGGAUCUGCUUCCCGCAGAACCUGCGGUUCCUCACUCCAUGUCCGUAGGGACACAGACCUUAAGGGGAUCACGUAGAUCCCGUAAAAGAAAGGUCUCCAAGGGUGCUGAGGUCGUGCCUCUCGGCGGGCCAAGCAAGGCUACCAAGGGUGCUGUGGCUCUGACUCCGGUUGAGCCCAGCAAAGCUUCCAAGGCGGCUGCUCGAAAGCAGCGGGGGCGGAGACACCAGUGGUGGGUUGACAGACAGGCUAAGAAGGCAAAGCGUUCUGUACCGGUGGCUACACCAAGGAACCCGCAUUCCUGCGGUUCCGGUGUAAGUCAGGAACGGAAUGUGCCACGUCCCGUUACCACCAGUUUUCCUGUUGUUGGUCGGGGUAGGGGUAUAGCCCCUGUGGCAGGCUCGGAGUCCUCUCCUUUCUCUAGUGGUAUUGCUGCGGUUGGUCGGGGUAGGGGUAUAGCUCCUUCGUCCACCGGCAGGAGUAUUCUUGUUAUGGGUCGCGGAAGAGGGGGUCUUGCCAAUUGGUCUGGCUCGUCCCUUCCUGGGAAGCCUAUUGAGCAGCAUUCUGGGGUAUUGCCGGAACUGAAGCGUCGCCAUCAGAGGUGUCCUAUGGUGGGAUGUAAGCAGACCUCGGCCUACAUCAAACGGCAUAUCCAGCGCCAUCUACCUGGAAUUUUCAAGGCGCAGGAGAUUCAUUCUGGCCCUGGAUUUCAGGGAGUGCUGCGGCGGCGACUUGCUGUUUUGCGCCUUAUUGCACGAUUUGUGAUCGGAGAGGGAGCUGAUGAGUUUGGGCUAGUCAGGCUAGUAAACUCAGGUUGGCAAGCAGAUCGACCUCAUGUGACUGAGGUUGAGUUGCUAGAGAUGAGAGCGAUGAUCGACCAGCAAAACUGGUCGAGAGUGGUUCCCUCUCUACAACCAGUGAACACGCCAGCGGCGUUGGUUCACUUCAGACCCCUGGUAUUUCUGUUCAACCUACUCUCGGAUAUUCAGAGAAGGCAACUUCUAGAGUUAGGAGAGGUUCAGGCAGGAAUAUCUACUCCGCAGGUACCAGCGACAGGUCGACCUGAAGCGGAACCUUAUCACUCACGGGUUUCCGCACCGGUUCCCCGGCCUGAGCUUCGGCCAGCUCGGGGUCGACCUGCAGGACCCAGUGAUACAGCCACAGCGUUUUAUAGGGGUUUCGACGCUCACUUUCACCUGGACCGGAUGCAAGCCUCCAUCGAUAGGUCGUCCAGGGGAAAUCGUAACCCGCUGACUCCAGGGAGGGUUCCUGAUCAUUUUGUCCAUGUUGAGGGGGGAGUGAGGAACUACUGUGACCCAGAGUUCUUUGCGAACCCUUUGCUGGGCCAGAUGCUCGAUAAUCCUCAGGAUGGAGCGUUGUGGCGGUUCGCGGUGGGGAUUCAUCCGAAGAAAGCCUCCAUGUGCACAUCUGAACAUUGGAGGCGGAUGAUGCACUACCUAGCACAUCCCCGAGUGGUUGCGCUGAGCGAAGUCGGGCUCGACUUUUCAGUGCACCGGAACCUGUGGGGGCAGCAGGAGGAUCUCCUGCAUCGCCUCCUGGAUCUGGGGACCCUCGGGAAGGUGCUGGUUAUGCAUCUUCGAGGCCGGCGUGAUGACCCCAUGGGCUAUAUAGUCCACAGGAUAGCUCUGAGGACACUGCGGAGAAAGUGCAUGGUGAGCCAGAGGAUCCACUUACAUUGUUUCUCUGGUGACAUCAGGUUGGUCCGUGAAUGGGCCAAUGCCUUUCCCCUUUGCUACUUUGGAAUUGCAGGUCUCGCAAGGACCUUCAACCAAGAGCAACGUGCCGCAGUGCGCGAGAUCCGCGGGGAUCGUCUGCUUUUAGAGACUGACUCCCCACACCUCAGGGUCCAUCCCGAGUGUGAGUACCAGACUCCUUACUUCCUCGGUGAUGUCGGCAAAUUGGUGGCGGACAUCAGAGGGGUCCCUCUGGCAGAAGUAAUGUCAUCUACUUUUGCUAAUGGACUGAGCCUUUAUUGUUAGUUUCUAUGAUUCAUUAAUUCCAGUCCAUUCCAGUUAAAACAAUCCUGUUUAAUUAUUGCUUUAUUGUACUAAAAUCUAUAAAGCAGUGCAGAUAUUGGAAAGGUUAUUCCUUUACCUCAGUUUACCAAGCUAUACAGCUUUAUUUCGUAAUAGUCUUGUUUAUUCAGCAUUUUAGGGAAGUGGCCUAGGACAAAUUGUCCUCGAAUAAGUUUGACAGGAUUUUCCAUUGUUAUAAAUAACAGGAUUAUUCGUGAUAUACAGGUAACUUCAGGAUUGUUUCGUUGUUACAUCAAUACAGGAUUAUUCAUUGUUGUAUAAAUACAGGAUUUUCUAUAUACUGUUUUGUUUUGGAAUGUGCCUAAGACUCGGUUACUGGACGGUUACCUUGAGUUUAGUGUACUCGCCAAAUUAUGGAUUGUAUCAACGGACUGUGACUGGUUAUUUAGUUUGUAAUUCUUUUUAUAUUGGGCUGGUUUAUAUUGGGUUGGUUCCCCUGGUUUGUUUCUUAGACUCUAAUAGGAGAGUUUUUGAGAUUUUGCAAUAUCUUUGAGAUAUGCUACAAUCUAAUGAACCGGGAGGAAUGUUGUAAAAUGGCAUUUGUUAUGCCAGUUCUCUCAUUGUAUAUUCGUGAACGCGUAGAUACAUGUGUGACCAGGCGCAGGUCAUUUUACCAGAGCGCAGGUAUUUCACAUACAUAUACACAUGUAUGCAUCUUGGAUGCGCUUACGUAUUCGUUUAUCGUCCGUUUACGGGCGCGCGACUCGCGGCAAUGAUCCAACUUCCUAAGCACCGGGUCAUUCGAGAUCUUGAUAGCUGAUGAGUAUACAUGGGAAACCAACUUCCAGCCUAGAGACGAGAAUC